GUGCAAAGAAAAGCUCUUCUUCAGGCAUACCUGUUCAAGGCAGCAACCUCUGACUAAAACGCAGGUGUCGUCUGUGGGAGAGUGUGACGUCAUCUUCACCAUGGCAACCGUCAACAACAACAACAAGCCCAAGUUUCAAACUUUCGUGGAGAUCGUGUUCGACAGUCCAGAAAACACGGCAAACGCUGAGGGUGUGUUUACCAUAUACUGCAGCACGGGCAUUCCUCCAAACCUCAAACCGCUGCUGGAGUCGCAGAUCAAGUUCCCAAUCCCGGGGGUCAGCUACAAGACAGAGGGGCACUACUUCCUCACACUCACCACCAAGAUAGACGCACAGCCCGUGCCCGUUGACCUCUGGCGUUUGACCUUUGACCCGACCCGUGUACUCCAGGUCAUCUCCCAGGCCAUGGAAGGUUAUUACAUCGUGGGAAGGUCAGCGGUCGGGCUGCCUAGCGGCCGGAUCAGGCACUACUGGACCAUGGCGAAGUCCUGGUAUAUGUAGACUCACGACUGAUUAUUAUAAAAUAACAGCCUUAUUUUGGUGUCACAAAGUUUCUAGAUCGUCACUCGGGUGGGUAUGAUAAGUGCGGAUUUAUGAAAUUUCUAAUAGAAAAGGCACAACUCUUAGCAAAAAGUCAUCCGGUGUUACAUACUGAACUAGUUGUAUAGAAAAUGUGCUUCAUUUCAAGAUAUAUAGCUAGAGUACAGCAUAACGAGGGAACUCGGUGAAAAUCAAGCAAUAGUCGGACCUUUCUGACUCCAAACCCUGAUGUGUACCAUUGUUUUGUCAAAAUGGGCUUUCACCCAGAUAGAAUGUCUAGGAAUUCUGGUCAUAACCUUAUUCUACAGUGACGGUAGUGCCAUUGUAUUUAUUUCACAAGAAAGAUGUCUAUCUUGAAAAUAAUAAGAAGCGUUCAAACUUAGAGUCUAGUAUAC